UUCGCAAAGUUGAGUGUUUUUACUAAAAUUUUGGCGAUAAAUCCGUAUCACAACCGUUUUUCAGUGCUACAUCUCGAAAUUUGUAUCUAAUUAAUUUACCUCAUGCGGAAAUUACCAAUUAGUCAACGUCGAUCAUUCAAUUAUAAGGCGGUUUAGAGGAAGAAAACCGCGAAAAGUGGCGGAACAAAGUUAUGGCGGAAUACAACUCACGGAACGAAUCACCUUCCAUGGAUGAUGAUGUCGGACAUCGGGAAGCUGACGAAACUUCAAGUAACGCCACAGAUAAAAGUGAUCAACAACAGAGUGAAGCUAUGAUGACUACAAAGAAAAAUAAAGAUAAAGCUCAAAGCAACUGGAGUAAAAUAUUUCGACCUUGGAGAUGGAAGAGAAAGAAGAAGAGUGAGAAGUUUAAAAAUACCGCAACGAAUUUGGAACGUAAAAUUUCAGUUCGAAGUGCCAGAGAAGAUUUGAUAAAGCGUGGAGUAUUAGUGGAACCCAAUCACCAAUCCGAUAAUGUUAUUCCUGAAGACAGUGAAGAUCACUUGCAUAAAAAUGCACCAAGUGGAGACCAAUAUACAAUUGUAAUGCGAAACCAUACCGCCACAGACGAGGAUAAUCAUCCUCAUUUUGUAAUUCCAAACAACAUUCCAGAAGAAAAUGAAGCAUCUCAUCAUGAAGAAGCUGAUGAUAAAGGAAGGAGAAAUCAUAGGAAAAUAUAUUCAUAUGCGGAAGACAAUUCAUCAGAUCAAGAAAAUGUGGACCAAACUGACCCCUCUAGGGUUGUACAGCCCCCGAAAAAUACUGCGAUAUACAAUCACAGAAAAUACCCUUCAGACGUUUUACCAUCCAAAGCUGAAAACUCUCAUCAGACUGUAUCACACAGGCAUUCCUAUCAAGUGGCGACUAGUAAUUCCCCUAUUGUUAUGUCAGAAGACAAACGAAAUAUGCCACAUUUCCAGGUCAAAGGUCAACCCGGUAACAACGUCAUGGUCGUAUCCGGGGGUUCGAAAGGUGGCCCCAUGGUGAUAGGCGUGAAAAGGGUGUCAAACGAAAACAUUAAAGUUUCACAAAAACCGCAACCCAAACCGAGAACUAGGCAUGAACCGCUGCCGUCUAAGCCCCCACCCCCACCAUCGGACGAUUCAGAUAUUGAAAGCGAAGAUGACGAUGGGCGUGGUCACAUUAAAACUCAAUCUACGGCAUCCACAUUAUCUCCGGGACUUGCCGCACGUCUUUCCCAAGAUUUAAGUAACGCCGUUAUAGGUUUUCGACAAAAAGAUAAUGAUUCUCACCCAAAACAAGGAAGUCCACCGACGGCCAAAAAAGGUCAGCGUGUGACGCAAGAGGAUAGAAACAAGGCUGCUACUCUGCCAAUAGGCAAAUCUCAGAAUUCUUCAGGCACUUCCAAUCAACAAGAAUAUCGGGAUUUCUCAGCACCAAGAUCUAAUUCCGAAGCAUCUGGUUUGACAACCAGGCAAAAUUAUAGACCACCAGUUGAAAGUAAUACUUCUGGUGCUCAACGACCAAUGCCAAGGAGAACACAUAAUGAGUCUUCUGGCAACACAACUGCUCCAUCAGUUCGAGGACCACCUCCUAAACCACCACCAAAACCUAGCAAGGACCAGAUUCCAGAACACUUUAGAAAAACAAGUUCAUCAUCAGAUUCCAAGCCUCCACCUCCACCUCCUCAAACAAAUAAACCACAAGUUUUUAUUAAAAGACCUUCGUUUCCUGACAACUCACAAGGUGGUGCUGGAGAUUCUGGUGUGAAGUUUGCAGGAAGUGCUGAAAUAAUACAGAGAACAACCCAAAUGAAUAUCCCUCCGUAUUUACAGCAGAAGUACAAUCCCCCACCGCCAGCUCAAGUGCCAUAUGAUCCUGACUCCGAUUCCGACUCUGGUCCGAUAUUAUAUCGAUCGGAUGAUGAUGACGACCCUAGAAAUCAUCAAAGGUAUGGAGAUGAAGAAGAUGAUGAUGAUGAUGAUUCUACUGUUGGUGUUGGGGGCCUCGCAUCAAAGGUCGCACGCCGUGACACGCUUGCCAUGCGUCUCAACAACCGUCCGUCGAGAGAAGACCUGGAGUCUCGCAAUAUUAUUCCGAGCCCACAAAAGUCGGACUCGGAGAAGGACGAAGUUAAAAUCAACCUCACGAGGCGGUUGAGCCAGAGACCAUCUAAAGAGGAAUUACAACAAAGAAAUAUAUUGCCAGAUGCUACGGCUGAUGAAAAAAGACAAGACAGAGAAAGAGUUAAACGACAAUUGACGCGUAAAUUAUCAAUGCGUCCAACUGUGAAAGAAUUGGUAGAGCGUAAAGUUUUAAAUUGGCACGAAUACGUGGAAGUUUAUGAAGUUCAAAAUUAUGACAGACGAGCUGAUAAACCAUGGACGAGAUUAACACCAUCUGAUAAAGCAAUGAUAAGGAAAGAACUGAAUGAUUUCAAGGCGACAGAGAUGGAGGUCCAUGAGGAAUCUCGUCGUUUUACAAGAUUCCACAAACCUUGAUGACUUCAUCAUUGCUAUAGUGACAUAAAGGAUUUGCAGCGCGUCAUCGUCAAGGUGAAUAUGACUCGUCGCAUUGCUGCGCUCGUCGGCACGUGUUUCCGUAGCAAUGACUGGAAUUUACUGAGCCGUAUUAAUAAAACACUUGACAGAGCUUUCCCAGAGAAUUUUGCUGUUAAAAAACUUGUCACCACUGUUUCCAACUCUAAAAUGAAAGUAUAGCGCCACCACGAAUUUAUUCAGGUUAAGUUUUAGUAAAUAUGACCCAAUUACUCCAUUUGGUGACUUCACCAUUUUUAUAUUCGUAAAAUCAUCGUUCUGUCGUAGUUUUAGCACAAAAACAUGUAUUUUCGUAGUCAAAAAUUUUUUGUGUACUCACACCACUAUCUGUAUUUUGGUGUUCACCUAAAGAAAAUUAUAAAGUUGAAAUUUCAAAGCACUUGAAGCUAUAGGGAACAUCAUUUUCUGUUUUCGCUACCUCAGUAGAAAGCUCAUAAAUUCAUGGGAAAAAAAUAAUUCGUGAAUUGCCAUUUAUCAAAAAAUAAAACUUGAACAUUGUAUUUUUUUUCUCAACAGUUUUAGCUAUCAGCCUAAAACAGUAAAACAGGAUUUCCUUUCUUUUUGCUAAAAAAUAUUUUUUGUGCUCACUUUUAUCUAGAAUGCAUGGUGAUCUUGCUGUAUAAGCACAAAUAUUCUGAUAAUUUAUAGGAAUAAAGGUUUUUUGUUUCUGAAGGUUUGAGAGUGGUUAAAUAAUACAUAGGUCUGGGAAUUUUGGAUGACGGUUUGAUUCAUACAUGUUUCAAGCUCGAAAAUAUAUAUAUAUAUGGCGGGUUUCAAUAGAAAAUGAAUUUAUAUGCUUCUAGGCAUUCUGCUCUCAAUGGUAACUUCAUAUAGAGAUGGGGCUUCCCGCUUCUUCAGCUUUGAUAUAUGGUUAUUCAGGUCUAUAAAAUGGCUACCACGCUUGUGCAAUUAGGGAUAUGAUAUAAUUUUUGCUCAAAAUUGGAUAUUGUGCCACAAUGCAUGCUUAAAGCUUUCAAUAUAUUGUAAAAUGGUGAUUUAAGCGACAGAAAUCAAAUGCUUAUAGCUUUACUCCAGAAAAUUUAAUGUAUUGCCCACACAACGAUUGAUUACAAAAAAAUCUAGUUUUUGUGUUUUUUUCUUAUAGUAGGCUUACAUAGAGAAAAAAAUUCUCAACUGAUAUUCACUGGAAUGUCUGUGAAAUUGUGAUAAUAAUAAAGUUACUGUAUUUUUUUCCAUCUCAAAGUAGACUUUCUAUUAGCAAUUUUCUCCCCUUUUCCGUUUUGUGAAAGGCUUCAAAAAGCUUCUAUUUAUUUGGUUGUGUGUUUCACACUUCUGAAAAUGCAUCUCAGUCUAAUUCUAUAAUGCAUCAUUCUUUAAUGAUGCACGCAAUUGUAUUUUUCAUAUAAUAAUAUGAUGUGCAAACUGUCCUGAAUUUAAAUAGAAGGGCCCAGCUAGUGAGUCGGACCAGCAUACUAUAGCCUCGUUACAGAUCGGAACGCUACAACUCUAAAAAAGUUUCGUAUUUCUGUGUAACAUCUUUUGAUCUGUGUUAUUAUUUUGAUCAUUGUGAUUAUUUAACAUUUUUUUUUUAAAAAACGUAAAGUGGGGUUAAUAAAUAACGGGGAUUUUUCCCCCAAAAUUAACCCCCUAAUGUCACCCACACUAUUGCUUUGUAAUUGUGAUAGGUUCUGUUUAUAUUCUGCUUGAUUAACUUCAGAACAUUUCUUUUUUGUCUACGUAGUUACUCUGAGAAAAUAGUAUAAUUUCUUGUUUUCUUUAUGGUUUUGAAAUACACUUCUCUAAUUACUGAUUUUUAUUCAUUUAAAA